CAUAUAUCGCCAUUUUUGAAAAAAAAAAUGUUUCUUUACACCAGUCACAGCAUCAAAAACACCUCUUCGAGCUCCGCGUAAGUUACGGACUGAAAGCGACAAUUGCCGUUUGCCACCAAUUACAAAAGCAGUAGCAAUGGUCAAGUAUCAAUACAUUAUCUCGAAGAAAGGAGACAUACUUUUCUCUAUAGCAGUUGGUGCAGGUGCAUACUUUAUGUACGAAAGAGAUAAUCCGAGACCGGAGGGAAAAGGGCUAUUGGAAUUGAUAAAUAGAAGACGAAUUAACCUCAUCCAAGAGAGGGAGGCGUUGCGACAGGAGCGGUUGGAGAAGCUUCAGCAGCGUGAAGACAAAGCUUAAAUGCGUUUCAUACCAGGCAGAGUUGGAUGGUUACCAACGCACCUGCUUUUGUAUAAUCUUUCAAAGAUGUCUACUUGUAUCAUACAGAAAUAAAAAGUACUCUAUUAGAUAGAAUCCCUA